AUAGGCUGCUUUUCUGCCAGAAUUUUCAAUCCCUCUGAACAUAAGCCGAGCCACAGACUACUGCACGUAUGUCUGGAUCCUGGCUUUUCUUCCCCCCACCCCCACCGCCAAGAGCUUCAGGACCAGUUGUGGGCCAAAAAUAAACACCAUUCCUCAACCAUAUAUGUCCACCAGCCCUGAGCUGGGGAGGAGCAGCAGGAGGCAGGUCAGCCUUGGCUGGGUACACUCUGUGGAUGCCGUUCACCAUGCACAUAACCCAGCUUAACCGGGAGUGCCUGCUGCAUCUCUUCUCUUUCCUGGACAAGGACAGCAGGAAGAGCCUUGCCAGGACCUGCUCCCAGCUCCAUGAUGUGUUUGAGGAUCCUGCUCUUUGGCCUCUGCUGCACUUCCGUUCCCUCACUGAGCUUAAGAAGAACAACUUCCUUCUGGGCCCAGCGCUGCGCAGCCUGUCCAUCUGUUGGCACUCCAGCCAGGUGCAGGUGUGCAGCAUUGAGGACUGGCUUAAGAGCACCUUCCAGAGGAGCAUCUGUAGCCGGCAUGAGAGCCUGGUCAGUGAUUUCCUCCUCCAGGUGUGUGACAGGUGCCCCAACCUGGCGUCCGUCACGCUGUCGGGCUGCGGCCACGUCACCGACGACUGCCUGGCCCGCCUGCUGCGCAGUUGCCCGCGCCUGCGCGCGCUGCGCCUGGAAAACUGCGCGCGCGUGACCAACCGCACGCUGGCGGCCGUGGCGGCGCACGGGGGCGCGCUGCAAACGCUGCACGUGGACUUCUGCCGCAAUGUGAGCGCCGCGGGCCUGCGCCGCCUGCGCGCCGCCUGCCCGCGUCUGGUCCUGCGCGCCGAACACAGCGCGGCCAUGAUCCCCGACCAAGUCCCGCGCCCGCCAGCGUCGGGCACGGCUCUCCGCAAGCUGCUGCCUAGCUAGGCCGGCCGUGGCCCUGGGAGAAAGUACCUUGGCGUCAGAUCGUCCUGCUUUGGAGCCCGCCGCCGCGCCUUCUUGGCGUCAUUCUUCCCGUCUGCACAUUGGGGAUAAUGCCCAUCUACCUCACAUCAUGAUUUUAUAAAGAGGAUGAAGGCGAGAUUAAA